AUGAAGAAGUUCCUGGGAAACAUCAAGAAGAAGAGCUCCAGUCCCGACCGAAAUGGGAGCAGCGGCACCACCUUUGUUCUGCCACAAGGCGACUCGCCUGAGGCUGUCGUGGUUCGUGAAGUCACGGCAUUCUGCGAAUCCGGUGCCCCCAAUUCUGAUACCGCCGGCGAAGAAUACCUCCACCUGCCAGCCAUAGUUGAUGCCGCUGAAUCCAGUCCUACCGCGGCCAAAGAGGCGGCUGCAACCAUCCGACGAUAUCUGGGUAAAGAUCACUACCAAAGAGGAUUUGCGCAGUACAACGCUGUCAUGCUCACCCGCAUCCUGACCGACAACCCUGCCCAAGCCUUCACUCAGAAUUUCGAUCACAAGUUUGUCGCGACCGUGAAAGAGCUCCUGCGGGAAGGCAAGGACACUAGCGUACAGCAGAUACUCAGGGAAACGUUGGACUACUUUGAGUUCGAGAAAGCGCCUACAAAUGAUAGCCUUGGCCCGCUGAUGGAGAUGUGGAAGAAGGAGAAAGGAAAGAAGAAUGCUCUGCGCCCUCCGGCACAGACACCGGGCGGCUACUCCGGCCAGUAUAACCAGCAACAGUCUAGACGCCGGGACACGCUUCCACCACCUGACGAGUUGGUCGGACGGAUCGAAGAAGCAAAGACGACAGCUCGACUACUUGUCCAGACCGUCCAGUCGACGCCUCAGGCGGAGCUAUUGGCGAAUGACCUGGUCAAAGAGUUUGCGGAGCGAGCCAAAGCCAUGCAGAGGAGCAUUCAGUCGUACUUGAAUGCCCAGAAUCCUGCACCCGACCCUGACACGACGCUGACUUUGAUCGAGACGAAUGAUCAGCUAAACAUUGCCAUGUCGAAACAUCAGAGAGCGGUCCUGCAAGCUCGGAAAGCCACUGGACUGGCAACACCUAGCCCUCAACCACAGCCGGAGCCCCAGCAGAAUCCCCUAUUCGCGCCCCAACAGCACGUCCCGGGUCAGAAUGUCUAUGCUCAGACAUCUCAGCCUCAGUCCAUGCCGCCCGACCAUGGACCGUACUCUUCCUCACCUCCUCGUCGGCAAAACACCGUCCCCACGCCCGUGAGUCCUCUGCGGAGGGAAGAGGCAGAAGAGCUAUAUGCGCCGCCUCCGGGGCCGCCUCCAAGCAAAAUGGGAGCACCGCAAAACCCAACGCCACCAACGAGCCAGAAUCCCUACGAUUUCUCCCAUGCCGCCGCCUUUUCGUCUGCCUAUGCCGCUCCUGAACAGGCUCCUCCAGUGCCGACGCGGGUUCGUCCAGUAUCACACGCCUAUUCAUCCAGUGCCGACUACGGUGUGGCUGAAAAUCCAUUCGCCGACGACGGGUAUGGAGCUCCACAAUCACAAGCGAGAUCGAAUGCGCUGUUUGACAGACCUCAAAACACACCCUCACCGAAUCCUCCUCAGCAAUACUCAACGAAUCAGCAUCCACAAGAAUUGCCGAGCGAUCAGCACCGGCCUGGGCCUUACAAUCCAGGUUACCAACCAACGCCGAGCUAUAUACACCGACAAGAAUCAUCGGCAGAUCAUCUCACGAUGCAUGGAGGAAGCCCGCCUUCUUCUGCGACAGCGCCCAACGGGAGAUCAUCGUAUCCGCCGAGUAGUGGCUAUGGAAGCAACCCUGUAAGCCCUGUUGAUGAGACACAGGGCGUGGGCAGGAGAAUGAAUGAUUUACACAUUUGA